AUGUCGAUAAAAAUUAGAAAAGGCCGGAAAGGUAUCUUUUUAUUUGAAAUCAGGUAUUUAUGAAAUUAUUUCUAGCCGAGGCCGGAAAUUGCGUGAUUUGCGGGGAGAAUUGCCUCGGGAAGCACUAUGGCAUCACGGCUUGCCUCGGUUGUAAAACCUUUUUUCGAAGGUAAGUCCGAAAUUUAUACUAUAUCAUUAAAAUCGCCGUUUCAAGGGGUUUCCAUCAAUAUAAAAAAAUUUUAGGGCCGUGAUUCAAGGCCAGAGAGAUUCGUGCGAGAAAAUCGGCGAGUGCAAUGCGAUCUCUGCACGGAAAUCUUGCCGCGGAUGUCGUUAUAGAAAAUGUUUGGACGCUGGAAUGACUCGAGAAGGUGAAAAUUAGUUAUUUUGAAGCUUUCGAAGAGUUUUGUAUGAAAUAAGGUUUUUUUCUAUUUUCAUUUGGGCUCUACCUACACGGCGUCUGACGCCCAUAUUUUUACCGUAAAGUGUAGUGUGUCGUGUGCAUACACUGCGGCGCUCUGGCACACGCCAUUUUUUUUAAAAAUUAAACAGGAACACUAAGAAUAACUGCCGAGAUAAACGCGAGACGCUGGCGGUACAUUGACGAGCUCGCAAACAUCUCGCUUUUUUUUCUCGCGCCGGUCUCGCAUUUUUCUGGGCGCGAGCUCGCAUUUCUCUCGCAAUUUGAAAAUUUUCUGAAAUGCAAGAUAAAUGCGAGGUCGCGCCGAGAAAAAUGCGAGGUCGCGCCGAGAUAAAUGCGAGAUCGCGCCCAGAAAAAAGCGACAUGUUUGCGAGUUCGUCAAUGUACCGCCACCGACCUCGCGUUUAUCUCGUCAGUUAUUCUUAGUGAAAUUCGCGUUUUUUUAAAACGAGAAAUAGAUUCGUCUCGGGACCCAUUAAAGCGCUUUUUAUAUUUCCUGUUGUUCACGCGCUUUUCCAUGACGUCACAUGGGGACGGCGGAGGUCUUGACCACGCCCCCUUAAUUUUUGGUUUUGCACUUUCUUCCACUAACAAAAACUCCGUGCCUACUUCAAAAUAAAGUGAAUUUCGACCUUCUGACCAGAGUAAAAAAAAUUGAUUGAUCGCUGAUUUUUUCAGCCCUGAAGCCACGUCGAGACCUUAUCGGCCUUGGCAAGGUCAAAAAGGCAAAAAUAGUGGACGUUCCAAGUACCUCGAAGGAGGAUCCACCGAGUUUGAUCCACCAGUUGACUGAGCUGGACAAGCGGCUUCGAAGGAAGAAGUACGAGCUCAUACGUCAGCGCCAAGACAUGAUCAACAUGGUCGACCUCCUCUCCAUGAGAAAGGUCGGUGAUUCUAACCUCCAAAGUGCGCUCCAUGGCUAAUCUUGACUUAUUUCCAGCACGACGAAGAGAACGGACCUCUGAGAGUGACUUCGGCUCGAGAUUUGGCCUACGUUCUGGAAAUUGACUUGCUGAUUAUGCUGGAAUGGACGAGGCGGCUGCCAGUUUUCGACGGGAUGCCGGUUGAUGACAAAAUGGUGUUACUCAAGGUUUUGAUUGAAGGUUUUUUGGACGCACUCAGAAUGGAUGAAGAAAGAAAGGCUGCAUUUGAUUUCGGGUGCUGCCAAAUUUUGAGCUUAUCAUCUUUUUGGCGCUGGCAAAUUUAACUGAAACACCGUGGUGACGUGCCCCCCGUUUCUGAGAAAGUAUAGGGAUCACUUAAGAGUGAUGAUCCUACUAAAGUGGUCACUAGUAAUUUCUGAUUUCAGCGCUUCCAAAUUUUGAGCUUUAUCCUUUUUUCCGCUACCAAUAUCCACUCAAACAUUUCGGUAACGGAAACCGGACGCACCCCGGAGGUUUUGACCAUUUCUAGGGAUCACUUAAGAGUACUGAUCCCCCUAAAGUGGUCACUAUAAAUUUCCGAUUCGCGUUGGUAUAAGAAUAUUUAUAGUCAACACACAUUAUCAAAGAAAACCGAUGAACCCUUAAUACAAAAAAUUUUUCAAUUUUGAUGAUUUCUCGAAACUUCACCAUAGACCCUUUGUAAAAUUAUAAAAACGUCUGAUACAAAUUUGGUGAGGCUCCGCCCCUUUUUUUGGAGUACGGUGGAAAAGUUACAAGUGUUGCUAGGAGUAGUGGAAACUGAAGAGCGCACAAAUUGAAUUAUUCUUUGUGAUAAAAAAUUUUCUGUAAGUUUUUUCGGACAUUCAACGUCUUACCAGAGGAGCAGUACGAAAAAUUGCACGAAAUUGAGGAUUUUGGAAAAAAUGAGGAAAAUGGAAAAAGUUGAAAAAUUUUCAAAAAGAUCUCUGUGCACUCGAUGUUACUAGAAUCCAUUCAACUUGUGAUUUUUACACUGAUAUUUUUUAGCGCUUCUCCCAGUACUACAUCCUCCUUGAACACGGCCGCCACACCGCCGAUUCCAACGUCGACGACGCUUGGCUCAUUUCCAACGGAACUUGUUGGCCUCGUGAAGUCGAGAAGCUUCCAGAAAAAGCCAGGGUAUAUAGCCUAUUCCGCGCCAGCUUGUCACGUUUUUCUUUGCGCCAAAAAAACCGUAUACCAAAUUAGAUCAAAUUUCUGCUUUUAUAACGGCAAGAAGCAAAGGUCUUGAAGCGAAAGUUGGUUACAUUUGACCUGGCCUUUUGGCGGAAAGAAAAACGUGACAAGCUCGCGGGGAAUGGCCUAUACAGAAAAAUUACAUCUCAUAGAAAAGUUGAGGAAAGUUUUUCAGAAAACAAUUUCGGAAGAUUGGAAAUGGCGACAGGAGAAGUUGUAUCGUGAGUCGACCAGCGUUUACAUUGACGAGGUGCUUUUUUUUUAUAGAUUUUCAGUCAGUUUCGUUAUUUUUUAGGUCAGUAAUCCUCUGCGGCUGUUGGAUCUUUCUUGGGAAGAAAUGGCCGUCCUCAAGAUCAUUUUACUGUUUCCAAACGCAGGUGAAAUUGAGAAAGCAAUUUUUUUUUUCAACUCCUCUGAAUAAUUCUCAUUGUUGCUCACUGUUGCUCAUGUUAACAGACAGCACAAAACCUAGAUAAAUUCGAGAAAAAAAUGUUCAAAAACUUGACAAUAAGCCUUAUAAUUUUAUUGAACUAUCAAUAUAGUUAGAUUUAACUUUUCACGUCAUUGCUUGUUAUUGCUAUCCAUUGCUCAUGUUAUCCAAAUUAUUCAGAAAUCGGUCUGACGUCACCGACUCGUGCCCGCGUUGACGCCUUCCGUGACACCGUCGUUCACGCUCUUUUUCAAAAAUUAUAA